CCCCUUGUACUGCAGGAACCGCCUCCAUCGUCAUCCCCAUCCUGCUGUUGCUGCUCCUGCUCGCCGUGGUGGCCUUCGCCUGGUACAAGUGGAGGAUUAAAGGUGCCAAGGGCUUCCAGCACCAGCGGAUGACAAAUGGGGCCAUGAAUGUAGAGAUUGGGAACCCAACCUACAAAAUGUACGAAGGGGAGCCUGACGACGACGUGGGAGAGCUGCUGGAUGCUGACUUCGCCUUGGACCCAGACAAGCCCACCAACUUCACCAACCCGGUGUACGCCACGCUGUACAUGGGGGCGCACAGCAGCAGGAACUCCCUGGCCAGCACUGAUGAGAAGCGCGAGCUGCUGGCGCGUGGCGCGGACGACGAGCUGGCCGACCCCCUGGCAUAGUGUGCGGGGGGCGGUGAGGGAA